UAGGUUAGACUCGGCCUGUAUCUCUGUCCCGCCCUUUCCACUGUGAGAUUUCCCGACUCUCUCUCUCUCUCUCUCUCUCACUCCGAGAAGUGAAAAUCCUCUCUCUGUCUUUGUGUCUCUCUGUUUCUUUGUUCUUCGUCUAUGCAUGCAUGAGUGGAAGAGAAGAGAAGACAAGUAAAGAAGCUAGCGAAGAUGAGUACGGUGGACAAGAUGCUGAUAAAGGGAAUUCGGAGCUUCGAUCCGGAGAACAAGCACGUCAUCACCUUCUUCAAGCCCUUAACCCUAAUCGUCGGCCCAAACGGCGCCGGAAAAACCACCAUUAUCGAGUGCUUGAAGCUCUCUUGCUCCGGCGAGUUGCCUCCCAAUGCUAGGUCUGGCCACAGCUUCAUCCAUGACCCGAAAGUUGCCGGCGAAACCGAGACCAAAGCCCAGAUUAAGCUUCGAUUCAGAACCGCAGCGGGUAAAGAUGUGGUGUGCAUUAGGUCAUUUCAGCUCACGCAGAAAGCCUCGAAAAUGGAAUUCAAAGCCAUCGACAGUGUCCUUCAAACCAUUAAUCCCCACACGGGAGAGAAAGUUUGCCUUAGCUAUAGAUGUGCUGAUAUGGAUAGGGAAAUCCCUGCUUUAAUGGGUGUGUCAAAGGCUAUUUUGGAAAAUGUUAUAUUUGUGCACCAAGAUGAAGCCAAUUGGCCUUUGCAAGAUCCUUCCACAUUGAAGAAAAAGUUUGAUGAUAUCUUCUCUGCUACCCGAUAUACCAAGGCAUUGGAGGUGAUAAAAAAACUUCACAAGGAUCAAGCUCAAGAAAUAAAGACCUACAAGCUAAAAUUGGAGAAUCUUCAGACCUUGAAAGAUGUUGCAUAUAAGCUUCGAGAGAGUAUUUCUAAAGACCAAGAAAAAACAGAAUCUGUGAAAAGUCAGAUGCAAGAAUUGGAGGGAAGCAUCAGAGACGUGGAUGCUAAAAUUCGUUAUACUGAAGCAACACUGAAAGAUUUGCGGGAGCUUCAGGACCAGAUAUCGAUGAAGACUGCUGUAAGAAGCACUCUCUUUAAGGAGCAGCAGAAAAAGUACGCAGAUCUUGCUGAGGAGAACGAAGACACUGAUGAAGAAUUGAAGGAAUGGAAAACCAAGUUUGAAGAAAGGAUUGCACUUUUGGAAACUAAAAUUAGCAAGUUAGAGAGGGAAAUGGAGGACACAGAGACCAAAAGUGGAGUCCUUAAGAAGACACUAGAGAAAUCUAUAUGGGAGAUUAGCAAGCUUCAAACCGAAGCUGAAGUUCAUAGGUCCUCAAAGAGCGAGAGAGAUUCUAUCAUUCAAAACUUUUUUACAAGGCACAAUUUAGGUUCUCUUCCAAAUCCUCCCUUUGAUGAUGAAGUUGCUUUGAACCUCACAAAUAGAAUAAAGUCAAGGUUGCUUGAGCUCGAAAAGGAUUUGCAAGAUAAGAAGAAAUCAAACGAAUUCGAACUCAAGACAGCAUGGGACCACUACAUGGAUGCAAAUGGCCGUUGGAAUAAUAAUGAGGCUCAAAAAGAAGCUAAAAAAGGCAUUAAGAAUGGCCUUUUGAAACGCAUUAAGGAAAAGGAAAAUGAACGUGAUUCUUUUGAACUUCAAGUUUCAAAUGUUGAUCUUUCUCACAUUGAUGAGAAAGAGAAAAACAUGUCGAUUGAGGUUGAGAGAAAGAAGAACCAGCUUGCUAGAAGAGAAUUUGAAUCAACAAUAAUUCAAAAGGAAAGUGAGCUGUAUAGCAUUGGGCAAAUGAUUAAGGUUGCUGAUCGAGAAAAAAGCAUCCUGGAUCUUGAUUCGGAGGACAGAGUAAAACUGUCUAUAAAGAAGACAGAAUUGGAGAAUCUAAAAAAGAAACAUAGAAAGAUAAUUGAUGAAUACAAGGACAGAAUUAGAGGAAUGUUAAAGGGGAGGCUUCCUCCUGAGAAGGAUUUCAACAAGGAAAUCACUCAAGUCUUGAGGGCUGCUACCAAGGAGUUUGAUGACUUGAGUGCCAAAUCUCGCGAAGCAGAGAAGGAGGUGAAUAUGUUGGAAAUGAGAGUACAAGAAGUUAACAAUAACCUCUCCAAGCAUCGUAAAGAUAUGGACUCAAAAAUGAGAUAUAUCGAAUCUAAACUUCAGGCCCUAGAUCAGCAAUCUUUUACUGCUGAUUCCUAUCCCAAAGUUUUGGAUUCAGCUAAGGAGAAAAGAGAUGUUGAGAAAAGGAAAUACAACUUUGCAGAUGGUAUGCGACAAAUGUUUGAUCCUUUUGAGAGAGUUGCCCGUGCCAAUCAUAUUUGCCCUUGCUGUGAACGCCCCUUCUCUCUCAAAGAGGAAGAUGAAUUUGUUAAAAAGCAAAGAAUGAAUUCUGCAAGUUCUGCUGAGAAAAUAAAAGUGCUGGCAGCGGAGUCCUUGAGUGCUGAUUCGUUUUUUCAGCAAUUGGACAAGCUCCGCAUGGUUUAUGAAGAAUAUGUUAACAUUGGAAAGGAAACAAUCCCUAAUGCAGAGAAAGAACUACGUGACCUUACUGAAGAGAUGGAACAAAAGUCUCAGGCCCUCGAUGAUGUGCUAGCUGUUUCAGCUCAAGUGAAGGCUGAUAAGGACUCAAUUCAGGCCCUGGUGCAACCCAUUGAAACUGCUGACAGACUAUUUCAAGAAAUACAAACAUUGCAGAAGCAAGUUGAUGAGUUGGUGUAUAAGCUUGAAUAUCAAGGGCAGGGUGCGAAAUCCCUGAAGGAUAUUGAAUCGGAGCUGAAUGGUCUGCGUAGUAGAGAGGAUAAUUUGCGUGAUGAACUAGAGAAGUUAAGGGAAGAACGAAGGUACAUGGAAAAUGAUUUAUCAGACACUAGAAUACGGUGGCACAGUCUAAAGGAAGAGAAAGGCAAGGCAGCUAAUAUCUUGCGUGAUGUCGAAAGGGUAGAAGCAGAGUUGGAUCAUUUGACUGAGGAAAAGAGUCAAGUUGAUCUUGAUGAAAAGCAUUUGGAAGAGGCUCAUGGCCCUUUAUCAAGGGAGAAAGAUGAAUUACUUCGUGACUACAAUAACUUAAAAGUUAAACUUGAUCGCGAAUAUGAGGAGCAAGCUGAAAAAAAAGGAAAAUAUCAGCAGGAAGUUGUGGCACUACUUACGCUUAUUUCUAAAAUUAAACAGUAUAAUGAUGAAAAGAAAGGAGAGAAGUUGCAGGAACUGCAAGUAAAUAAAUGUCUAUCAGAAUCUCAACUUCAAAGUUGUGAUACUAGAAAGCAGGAAAUUUCAACUGAAUUAGACAAAAGCAAAGAAUUAAAGCGGAAUCAAGAUCAGUUAAAACGAAAUAUCGAGGAUAAUUUGAAUUACAGGAAAACAAAAGCUGAAGUAGAGGAACUUUCCCAGGAGAUUGAAUCACUGGAAGACAGAAUUCUGAAGAUUGGUGGGAAAUCCAAAAUUGAAGCUGAAUUUGGAAAGCUCUCACAGGAGAGGGAGAGGCUUCUUUCAGAGUUAAACAUUCAUCGUGGAACCAUGUCUGUUUACCAGAAAAAUAUUUCAAGGGAUAUAAGUGAUCUCAAACAGGCACAAUACAAGGAAAUUGACAAGCGGUACUUUGAUCAGUUAAUCCAGCUAAAGACAACUGAGAUGGCAAACAAGGACCUGGACAGAUACUACAAUGCGCUUGACAAAGCACUGAUGCGCUUCCACACCAUGAAAAUGGAGGAAAUAAAUAAAAUUAUAAGGGAGUUGUGGCAGCAAACAUACAGAGGACAAGAUAUAGACUACAUAUGUAUACAUUCAGAUUCUGAAGGUGCUGGGACUCGUUCAUAUAGCUACAAGGUUCUCAUGCAGACCGGUGAUGCAGAGCUCGAAAUGAGAGGAAGAUGCAGUGCUGGUCAGAAGGUCCUCGCUUCCCUUAUCAUAAGGUUGGCUUUAGCUGAAACUUUCUGCCUCAACUGUGGAAUACUAGCACUAGAUGAACCGACGACAAAUUUGGAUGGCCCAAAUGCAGACAGUCUUGCUGCUGCUCUCCAUAGAAUUAUGGAGGACCGGAAGGGCCAGGAAAACUUUCAGCUGAUUGUAAUUACUCAUGAUGAGCGUUUUGCUCAACUAAUUGGCCAACGCCAGCAUGCAGAGAAAUAUUAUCGGGUGGCAAAGGACGAUCACCAGCAUAGCAUAAUUGAAGCCCAGGAGAUUUUUGAUUGAAGCUCUCUCAACGAAUGUUUUCUCCUCUAGUUUCUUUCUGUAACUCUAAUGAAGCAGCGCAUUGAAAACUCCGAACAAGAAAUCCACAAGCUCAAAAAUUCUCCGUUGUAUGUAACCUACUGUGGAAAAUGUAAAUAGAAAAAUUGAAAAGGUAUCUGGGUUUAGUCUAAA